UUGCGGUUGGGAGCAGCCCACCUCUCUCUCUCUCCCUCUCGCUCUCCCUCUCCCUCUCCCUCUCUCUCUCUGCAGUAUGCAUGUUCACCAGGGAACGUGCGACGCGCUCACGUCCCGGCAGCAGCAGCAGCGCACUUCACUUCACCGGCCGGAGAACAUCUGCUAAAGAGUCGCGGAUAAAAUUUUUUAAAACAACUACUUGUAUUGGAUGUGGCAGGCGGACCGGAGGCGGAAGAGCCCCGGAGUGUACCGGAGGAAUAUACGGUGUUACGGCAGGAGAGUAGCCGGGCUGCCGCGCGCUCCUCCUCUGAACGUGGACAAUCAUGCAUGCGCUCUUCUGGGGCUUGGGGUUCCUUCUGUUCCCGGACUUCUUGAGCGUGGUCGCGUCUGCGGGGAGGUUGCUUCUGAAUUCUUCAAGCACAGUCAAACAGGAGAUCGGCGCGUACGAGAUCGUGACGCCGGUACGCGUGAGUGAAUCCGGGGACGAGUUUCCAACCGGCGUGCACUUUAAGAGGAAGAGAAGAAGUUUGGCGGAGGGCAGCGGCACCGGGAACGGGACGGAUAACUGGGCCUCGCCGAACACCCACUACCGGAUCUCUGCUUUCGGACGGCACUAUCACCUCAACCUCACCAUGGACUCGGGAUUUAUCGCCCCUCUGUACACGGUGACGGUACUCGGGGUGCCCCGAGGAGACAACGGGACGUUUGUAGCAACAGAUGGGGAGGAGGAGGAGGAGGAGGAGGAGAAGAAAGAGGAGGAGGAGAAAGAGGAGGAGGAGAAAGAGGAGGAGGACACGGAGUUAAGGCACUGCUUCUAUAAAGGACUCGUAAAUGCACGAGCGGAACACGCCGCGGUCAUCAGUUUGUGCUCCGGACUGCUCGGCACCUUCAGGUCUCCGGAGGGGGAGUUCUUCGUGGAGCCCCUCCACAGCUACCGAGGAGAGCGCUACGAGGAGGAGCACACCAAGCCUCACGUCGUGUACAGGAAGCGGGUCGCCGAGCAACAGGCGGCGGCGGCGGAGGACUCUGCCUGUGACACUUCAGGACACAGACACAAGAGACACGAGCUUCACAAAGGGCCGGCGGCCGAGCCCGGCGCGGCGGCGCCCGUGGUCGGCGGCGCCGGCGUGCUCGCCGACUUGGAGUCGCUGAGCGCCGCUUUGCUCAGACCGGAGAGCGGCGGCGACUCGGGACCUCACAAGAGAUCGAAGCGCUUCCUCUCCUACCCGCGCUUCGUGGAAGUCAUGCUGGUGGCCGACAGCAAGAUGGUGGAGCACCACGGCGGCAACCUGCAGCACUACGUACUCACGCUGAUGUCCAUCGUGUCUUCCAUCUACAAGGACCCCAGCAUCGGAAAUCUGAUCAACAUCGUGAUCGUAAAGUUAGCCAUCAUAAACAACGAGCUGGACGGUCCGGUCAUCUCCUUCAAUGCACAGACCACUUUAAAGAACUUCUGCAUCUGGCAGAAGAGCCAGAACCUGCUGGACGACAGCCACCACUCCCACCACGACACGGCCAUCCUGAUCACCAGGCAGGACAUAUGCAGAGCGAGGGACAAGUGUGACACCUUAGGCCUCGCGGAGCUGGGCACGGUGUGCGACGCGUACCGCAGCUGCAGCAUCAGCGAGGACAACGGCCUCAGCACGGCGUUCACCAUCGCACACGAACUCGGCCACGUGUUCAACAUGCCUCACGACGACAGCAACAAGUGUAAGGAAGACGGCGUGAAGAUCCAGCAGCACGUGAUGGCGCCCACGCUGAACUACAACACCAACCCGUGGAUGUGGUCCAAGUGCAGCAGGAAGUACAUCACCGAGUUCCUCGACACAGGAUAUGGUGAGUGCCUAUUGGACGAGCCGGCCUCCCGGCCCUACGGCCUCUCGCAGCAGCUGCCCGGUCGCAUUUACACCGUCAACAAACAGUGCGAGCUGAUAUUUGGGCAGGGAACGCAGGUGUGCCCUUAUAUGACCCAGUGCCGCAGGUUGUGGUGCACCAGCCCGGAGGGCGCCCAGCGGGGCUGCCGGACGCAGCACAUGCCGUGGGCCGACGGCACCGACUGCUCCCCCGGGAAGCACUGCAAACACGGCCUGUGCAUCGCGAAGAAGCGCGAGGCGGCGCCCGUGGACGGCGCGUGGGGCGUCUGGAGCCCGUUCGGGCCCUGCUCCCGGACCUGCGGCGGCGGCAUCAAGAUCGCGGCGCGCGAGUGCAACCGACCCGUGCCCAGGAAUGGAGGCGCGUACUGCGUGGGCCGGAGGAUGAAGUUCCGCUCCUGUAACUCGGAGCCGUGCUCCAAGCAGAAGAAAGACUUCCGGGAGGAGCAGUGCGCCGCCUUCGACGGGCGCCACUUCAACAUCAACGGCCUGCCGCCCAACGUCCGCUGGGUGCCCAAGUACAGCGGAAUUCUGAUGAAGGACCGGUGUAAGCUGUUCUGCCGGGUGGCGGGCAGCACCGCCUACUACCAGCUCCGGGACCGCGUCAUCGACGGCACGCCGUGCGGACCCGACACCAACGACAUCUGCGUGCAGGGCCUGUGCCGGCAGGCGGGCUGCGACCACGUGUUGAACUCCAAAGCCAGGAGGGACAAGUGCGGCGUGUGCGGCGGCGACAACUCGUCCUGCAAAACGGUGGCGGGAACGUUCAACACCGUGCAGUACGGCUACAAUGAAGUGGUGCGGAUCCCCAGCGGAGCCACCAACAUCGACGUGCGUCAGCACAGCUACUCGGGGAAGCCAGAGGACGACAACUACCUGGCCACGUCAAACGGCCGGGGCGAGUUCCUGCUGAACGGGGAGUUUGUGGUGAGCAUGUUCAAGAGGGAGAUCAAGGUGGGCUCGGUGCUGGUGGAGUACAGCGGCUCGGACCACGUGGUGGAGCGCAUCAACUGCACCGCCCGCCUGGAGGAGGACAUCAUCGUGCAGGUGCUGUCCGUGGGGAACCUCUACAACCCCGACGUCAGGUACUCCUUCAACAUCCCCAUCGAAGACAAACCUCAGCAGUUCUUCUGGGACGCCUACGGGCCGUGGCAGGACUGCAGCCGGCUGUGCCAAGGAGAGCGCAAACGUAAGAUCUUCUGCAGCCGAGAGUCGGACCGGGCCGUGGUGUCGGACCAGCGCUGCCACGGCGCCGCCCGGCCCGCCGUCGUCACCGAGCCCUGCAACACCGAAUGUGAACUCAGGUGGCACGUGGCUCGUACCAGCGAGUGCACGGCUCAGUGCGGCCCGGGUUACCGCGUCCUGGACAUCUACUGCGCCAAGAUGAGCCGCAAGGACGGCAAAGGCCACAAGGUCGACGACCGCUACUGCAGACGCCGGCGCAAACCCGACGACAAGGAAGGAUGCCGCGGGGACUGUGACCCCGGCGGCUGGGAGUACUCUCCUUGGUCCGAGUGCUCCAAAAGCUGCGGGGGCGGCGCCCGCCGGCGAGGGGCGGCGUGUCGGAAGGCGGCCGAGCCCGGCGACGAGAGCAAAUGCAGCCAGAGGGACAAGAUGGCCGCCCAACCCUGCAACGAAUUCCUCUGUCCGCAAUGGAAGGCCGGCGACUGGUCUGAGUGCCUCGUGACGUGCGGGAAAGGCUACCAGCACCGGCAGACCUGGUGCCAGUUCGCCGAGGACCGCCUGGACGACCGCUUCUGCGGCUCCGCCUCCGCCAAGCCCGACGCCGUGCAGGUGUGCCAGCAGCAGGACUGCGCCUCCUGGCAGGUCGGGCCCUGGGGACAGUGCACUACCUCGUGCGGGCCGGGCUACCAGAUGCGAGCGGUGAAGUGCGUCGUCGGCUCCUACAGCGCCGUCAUGGACGACACCGAGUGCAACGCCGCCACCCGGCCCACCGACGCCCAGGACUGUGAUCUGGCCCAGUGUCCCAGCAGCCACCCUGUUCCCCCGGGAACUAAAGGCCCCUCCCACCAGGGCCACAAAACCCAGUGGCGGUUUGGCUCCUGGACCCAGUGCAGCGCCAGCUGCGGCAAAGGGACGCGCAUGCGCUACGUGAGUUGCCGUGAGAACCAGGGCGGCGUGGCGGAGGAGGCGGCGUGCGCCCACCUGCCGAAGCCGCCCGCCAGAGAGGUGUGCUCGGUGGCCGCCUGCGGACAGUGGAAAGUCCUGGAGUGGACUGCGUGCUCCGUUUCCUGCGGCCAGGGAAAGACGACGCGGCAGGUGCCGUGCGUCAACUACAGCGACCAAGAGGUGGACGCCGGCGAGUGCGACCCGGACGACCGGCCGUCCACGGAGCAGGACUGCGCCAUGUCUCAGUGCCCGUCGCGCUCCAGCGAAUCGCGACCUUUCCGGCCUUCGCCGAACGGCAGCGCCAGGAACAACCUGCCCCGCGGCCAAUCGCACCAAUGGCGGACGGGACCCUGGGGCGCGUGCUCCAGCACGUGUGCGGGAGGAUUCCAGCGGCGCGUGGUCGUGUGCCAGGACGAGAACGGCUACCCGGCCAACAGCUGUGAGGAUCGCAGCCGGCCCAAUGAGCAGCGGUCCUGUGAGUCGGGCCCGUGUCCACAGUGGAUCUAUGGCGACUGGGGGGAGUGCACCAAGCCUUGCGGCGGCGGCACGAAGACGAGGCUGGUGGUGUGUCAGCGUCUGAACGGCGAGCGCUUCAAAGACCUGAGCUGCGAGAUCCACGACAAGCCGCCGGAUCGCGAGCAGUGCAAUACUCAGCCGUGCCCGUCUAGCCCCAACUGGAGCACGGACCCAUGGAGCUCUGUACGCUCGUGAAAAAAAUAGUGGGAAAAAAAAUUACUCUACCUUUUUGUUUUUUUCAACCUCUCGUGUUUUUUUUUUUACGGAGAAACGACCUUCCUGCUUCUUUUGACUUUUUAACCUCCUCCGCUUCCCGCUCCCUCUCUGGUGCCUGCGAUCGGUCAACUUUUUUCUCAAGACAUUUUCGUGAAAUGCUCAUUUCUGUUUCUUAAAUAGCAAAAAGAUUUCGCUCGCUUGCAAAUAUGCCCAAAAAAAGAUGUCAAAAAUACUUCCGUGACAGCUGUGAACAUUGCUGCCAGUCCUGGUUACCAUAAACUGUUGUUGAGCCUUGUAUCAAUAUUUGAACAAUUCAGGAUUCACUUUGUAUCACAAUCUAAGAUAGUUUUGUAAAAUAUUGUUUUUAAAGAUAAUUUAUUAAGAUCUUUUUUUACAUUUUUUGAAAAAUCUUUUUGUAUAUAGCAUUAACUUUUUAAAGGUGAUUUAUUUUGUGUCUUAGCUCUUUGUAUUCGCACAUUUAGCCAAUCUUUGUUCAUAUGCAAAAUGCCGAUGACUGUUUUUUGUAUAUCAGGAAUAUACAGUACGAUGCCUUGUUCUUUUUAUUAUCCAAAGAAUGGCCCAUAAUAUCCAAAUAUGUGGUGCAAUGUAGUCUGUCAUGAACUGUAAAAGCACCACCUUACAUAGGACUGUA